GACAGAGAAGGGAUGCGGACGCCGUUCGACGCUGUUACCUGGUGUUACGUGCCGCAGAAGCGUCGACCGGCCAGCCAGUAUACCGUCUACGGCCUGCCCUUGAACAACGUCCACGUCUGCGAUAGUGCCCGCGGCUGCCUGCGCCCUCGCGACUCGCAUCUGACAGAUCAAGGAGUGACAACGCUGCGCCAUGUCGAGUCCGUCGCUGAAAGAUCUGCCCAAAGUAGCUCUAGACCUGAAAAGCGAAUUGGAAGGUUUCAAUCAUGGCUGCAUGAAGAAGGCCGCCACCGCCGAGAAGAACGUUUUACCCUCUGCUGAAGACGUACGACAGGAGCGACAGCACUCGGAACUGAUACACGGCUUGGAAACCUUUAAGACAGAUCAGUUGAAGCACGCCGAUAUGAAAGAGAAGAUUGUAUUGCCUAACGCCAAAGACGUUGCCGCAGAAAAAACUCAGCAGACGUUGAUCGCCGGUAUUGAGAAGUUUGACACCGCAAGUCUGAAGCAUACUGAGACUCAGGAAAAGAACCCGCUCCCCGAUAAAGAUGCGAUUCAACAAGAGAAGGGGAAACAACAACUGAUCUCCGGCAUCGAGAACUUCGAUCCGGCGAAGUUGAAGCAUGCAAAAACUUUGGAGAAGAACCCUUUGCCGACCAAAGAAGCGAUCGACGCCGAAAAGAUAGCCGCUUAAAAAGAGAGCCGCCGUAUGCAGGAAGGAAUACGAAGGAAGGGAACGGGAAACGGCGACUCGUCGCUUCUUCCAUUUUCUAUAUCCGUGACAUUUUAUAAUAAUUAUUCGUACACUGCCAAGAAUGAAUGCGCGAACGCGAAGCACUGUGUUAGUCGUAAUCCUAUGAUUAUACUUAUUAAUUACUAUCGCCAUCGGGCAUGUUUCCUCUUUCUGGCGAGAUCGGAAGACCCUCGACGAAAACGUCCAAUUGAAACACUAGAUAGUCGCGACGACGAUACCGCUGCUACCGUCCGUUUUAAUCUUGUUAUCCAAGCCGCUCGCCGAGAGACGAUUGAACGACAAUUAAACAACGACUUAAAUGAGAGCGGAUCUAAAAAAAAAAGACAAGAGAACAUUGAACUAUCGUCUUGCUGUGAAAUUUUUCUAACUUGCUUCCUAGUUAUAGAUUCGCUCGUUUUUUCACGCGGCAAACAUCAAACAACACGAGUGUUAGUCUAAUCCAAUAUGGCUCUAAUAGAUGAGGCGAAGAAAGAAGAAAAUUGCGACAAAAAUGAUCGCGGCAAGCGCAUUGAGCUCGAAAAAUUCAUUCCCACGAGACGAGUCCUCUAUUAAACUCGCUUUAGACCGCACGGGAUCGUCGUCUUCUCGCCAAAGGUGUAGUUUUUUCUAUCGAGAAAGAAAAGAAAAAAAAGUUGCUUCACGCGCGGGUAUACAUUAUUUUCGAUAAUAGCAGGCAAAUUUCUCGGUGGCAUUGCAUGAUGAUCUGUUACAGCAGAUAUCGCGGAAGCACAUACAGUGGUCGAUUUUAUAUUUAUGUAAAAAUCAUAUUUUGUAUAACGGGCUAUUGUACUUUUUUAAUAUUUCGUACACAUCGCAUUGUCAUUCCGAUGAACCUAUUACGACGAAUAAAAAAAAGUAAUUUGUACGAAG